AUGGUCAGAAGCCAAAGGGAUCUGGAGUUUCGACGAAAAGUACGAUAACAAAUGGAAGUUCAAAAGAAAGGGCGACAGAUUGGAUUUGAAUGGUCACAAGUUGAGAGUAGUGGUGUACCUGGAAGAACCAUUUGUGAUAAGAGUAGAUGACAAAGAUGGCAUCAGAUACGAUGGGUUCUGUAUCGAUCUACUCAAAGAAAUGUCUAAAGUUCUGAAUUUUACUUUUGAAAUCUUCGAAGUUGAGGAUGGAACUUACGGUGUUCAGGUAAAUAGUAGACAGUAAGAAGAACAUUUGUCGCAGUUUACUAUUACCGUCUUCAUAACAUUAAAAUACAGUAUUUACAUUUUAUACUAUAUUUAAUUUGGGUUUUUGUUCAGGACGAGACCGGCAGAUGGAAUGGCAUCAUCGGAGUGCUACAACGUCACGAAGCUGAUCUCUCUGUAUCUGCAGUUACUAUAACUUACAGUAGAGUUAAAGUGAUAGGUUAGUAUAAUAUCACCUAAUCAUUACAUUUGUUUUAGACUUUACGUUGCCGUUUAUGCAUCUGGGGAUAGCAAUUCUGAUGAAUAACAAGAAUCCAGAAGACGCCGUGCCUACUGGGAGCACGUUGUUCACAUUCCUGGAGCCACUUUCGUUCUCUGUUUGGGUAGCAUUGGUAGUGGCUUACCUGACUGUUGCUUUGACCAUGUGUUUGGUUGCUCGGUUCAGUCCUUACGAAUGGUACAGUAAUGUUUCUAUUGUUUUUGACGACUACUCUUAACAGUUAUAAGGCGUUAGGAAUUUGGUUUUAGCACAUAUUACAGUACUAAUUUGUUUUCAUUUCAUUUAGUGUUAUUGCAGGUUUGACGUGCAACAAAUAGACGAGCGAGACCGAAGCAUGGACAACCACAAGAACCAGUUCAACAUCUGGAACAGUCUGUGGUUUGCGAUAGGUUCUCUGAUGCAACAGGGUAGUGAUGUCAUUCCUCGGGCUGUAGCUACUCGUACUGUAGCCGUGAUGUGGUGGAUGUUCACCUUGAUCACCAUAUCAUCGUACACCGCUCAGUUGGCGGCUUUUCUUACUGUAGAGCGAAUGAGUACGUCUAUCGAGAAUGCCAUGGACUUGGCCUCUCAACAAAGAAUCAAGUUUGGCACGCUGAAGAACGGCAGCACGAUGGACUUCUUCCGUGAGUCCAAGAUACCUAUAUACGAGAGAAUGUGGUCGGUGAUGCAAUCGACCAGUCCUACUGUAUUCGUCAACUCCUCCAAAGAAGGUAUAGCACGAGUCAAGGCUGGGAGCUAUGCCUACAUGAUGGAGUCGAUCAUGAUAGAGUACCAGAAGGGACAGGACUGUGAUCUGGAGACGAUUGGAGGCCUGCUCGAUUCUAAGGUAAUAUAAUCAUAGAUGAUCUAGUUUUUGUAGGGAUAUGGGGUUGCUGUGCCUAAAGGAUCUCCGCUGCGGCAUGAGCUGUCUAAAACAAUAUUGCAACUACAAGAACGAACGAUACUGGAAGCACUUAAGAACAAAUGGUGGAAGAGUAAAGGUAUGAAGUGGCAUAAUGGUUUGGUACUAACAAUAUUGUUAAUGUAACAUGUUUUUGUCAAUGUUCUGUGUUAGUUAGUUCAGUUGCUUAACAUUUAUUUAAUUAAUCGUAACGGGUUGUUAGUGUAACAUGUACUUAUUGUCGAAACAUGUUGAGCAAAGAAGUUUUAACUCAUUCUUCGGUAAACUUGUUUACUGUGUUAUGGCGAUAGACGCUCACAGUUAUUUGUUUAGUUUUUCGUUGAUUUUAAAGUUUGUUAAACGUCAUUAAUGGUCUUUUACUUGUAGUAUAAGGUUAUGUUUUCUUCCGUUUUAUAAUUGCUAUGUCAUUUUAAAAAGUAACUAAGGUUUUUUAUGUUGUAAAGCUCCAAUUAUUUAUGAACUUUAACAUAACUUUAGAUAACUUGAUAUGUCCGGCUACAGUAGACGCGUACAACUCGGCUACACGAGUCUACGGUAUCUUUUUCGUACUGCUGGCUGGUAUCCUCAUGGCUAUAUUAGUAGCCAUCGGGGAGUACUUUGUUGAAUCCCAACAUCAAAGCCCUCGGUUGGACUUUACUUUACUCGGUAAGAUGUCAUUGUGGUUCCACAAGAGGAAACAGCCCCAGACAAUGUCAGGGCUGCGACAACGACUCCAGAUGUACAAUGGAUUGUACGGGUAAGACAACGUUGUAAAUGUAGUAUAUGUUAGCCACCACCGUAGUAAAGUGACUGAAAGCGAAUGUAAUAUUCAGGGAUUACAGAGCCAUUCCCAUGGGCAACCUCUGGAUGUUGGACAUGCAACGUCGUGCUGCGAUGGCUGCCAACCAGAACAAUCGCAACGCCAACAGUCAUCGCGAGUCUCUACUGAGUAUGUCCGACCACGGUAGGAGUCCGUCACCGGGAUCUCACCAGUUCGAGCCUAUUAGGAGAGAUGCUCAACAAAGUAUCAGGAAGUACAGUAGACUCAUCCCUCCAAGCGACGUCGGGUUACUCAACCGAAGGAUCUCGUCCGGAAAUCCUUAG